GGUGCAGAAGAGCCAAGAAAAAACAAAGGAAGCAAAAAGAUACCAACAAAGCAAAGGAAAAAGCUUUGUUGAGGCAAAGGAUAAAAAGGGUCAUCACCCCCACAAAGGAAGUGGCAGGAAAAACCUACCAAGGUGAAAGAGAUAUAAGAGUGGGAUUGAGAGAAGUCUAUCCCUUGGCCUUUUCUCCUACUACUUCACGAGAGAUACAGAGGACAGAGCAAGACUAAGAUCAUCCAUCACAUAUCAAGGAAGGUCUGUCCUAUUUUGUUUUCUAGCAUUUCUUCCUUAUACCCUUUCACUCUAAUCUUUACAGGAAGUGUAAAACAACUUCCUUACCUUUCUCUUUGAAUUCUCCUUUUCAUAUUCAAAUUGGGAAGCAAGUGAUGAUCAAUACGUAACCAGCCGUAAGCUCUAUAUAUAUUUGUAAUUACUUGUUCUAUAUUAUAUACGAGAGAGAGAGAGAGAGAGAGAUGUGCGGCAAGAAGGAAGAAGAUCAAGGAGAGUGUUCUCAAACUGUCCAUAACAUGAACAUACAAAGCUUCCAAGAACAGUUGUUUCUUCAACAGCAGCAACAGAUGCAGCAACAUCAACAACAGAACAGUGACAUAUAUGGAGGUGGAAGAGGAUUGAUUUUCCCGGAAGUUUCACCAAUCUUGCAGCCAUGGUCUCUCCCUCCGGUCCAUGCCUUCGACCCGGCCCACUUUGCCACAAAUCCGGUCCGAGACCACGACCCAUUUCUUGCCCCUCCUCAGCCAUCAUCGUUUGCGGGUUUGUUCAACAGGAGACCUUCCUUACAGUUUGCCUACGAUGGUCCAUCAUCAGACCAUCUCCGAAUCAUAUCUGACACUCUAGGGCCCGUGGUUCAACCCGGUUCGGCUCCUUUUGGUCUUCAAGCCGAGUUGGGAAAGAUGACUGCCCAAGAAAUCAUGGAUGCCAAGGCUCUUGCAGCUUCGAAGAGUCACAGUGAGGCUGAGAGGAGGAGAAGAGAGAGGAUCAACAACCAUCUUGCUAAGCUGCGCAGCUUAUUACCCAGCACGACCAAAACGGACAAAGCUUCGUUGUUAGCUGAAGUAAUACAGCACGUGAAAGAGCUUAAGCGUCAGACUUCUUUGAUAGCAGAAACGAGUCCGGUACCCACUGAAGUGGACGAGCUAACCGUUGAUGCAUCAGACGAGGACGGUAAGUUUGUUAUCAAAGCCUCACUUUGCUGCGAGGACAGGUCUGAUCUCUUACCUGAUCUCAUCAAGACCUUGAAAGCUUUACGUUUAAAAACUUUAAAAGCUGAGAUUACAACACUUGGGGGACGUGUAAAGAAUGUGCUGUUCAUUACUGGGGAAGAGGAUUCUAGUAGCAGCGGCGAGCAAAACCAGCAACAACAACAACAACAGCAAUAUUGUGUAAGUUCAAUUCAAGAAGCUCUUAAGGCAGUGAUGGAGAAGACUACAGGAGACGAGUCUUCUUCAGGGACUGUUAAGAGGCAAAGGACUAAUAUCAAUAUCCUUGAACAUAGGUCGCUUUGAUUUUACAAAGACCGUACACUUCUAGGGAUCACUUUCGUCUUCUUCUUUUGCUUUCUUGUGGGAGUGGUUUUUUGGUGUGUUUAUUAUAUAUAUAUGUACUAUUUCCACCAUGAACAAAUCAGUAAUGAUAGUCGUAUGUUUUGUGUA